AUGGCAUCAUCUCCUUUGCAAGAAAUCAUCCUUGCUAGCUCUCCAGAUGGAAUCAUCACUGCCUUCGAUGCUUCCUCAGGCACCACCUUAGCUCGCUUCACUGGAAGCCGAUCACCUCGAAAAGGCCUUGUGGUUAUUGGGAACAAUCUCAUCGCCGCCUCUCAUGUGUCCUCAGACACUGCUGCAGCCUCCAUUCAUCUCUAUAACUGGUGGUCCUCCACCGCCUCGCACCACAUCCCUAUUACUGAACCAGUUGGUCCACUUGCCGCCACUUUUGACGGCUCGUACCUUUUCGCUGGUGGCCUUUCAGGCCAUGUCCAUGCGCUCUCAGUCCCUUCGAGUGACACAAUUCGAACCAUUUUUGCUCAUAGAAAGCCUGUGUCUUGCCUGGCAAUCAAUGAUGAUGGGUCACUCUUGUUUUCAGGCAGUGAUGAUGGAACCAUUGCGGUUUUUCCAAUCUAUAAACUUCUGGAGAACACGUCUUCCAAGUCGACUGAACUUGUAUUGCAUCGAUUCAAUGGGCAUGAAUCAACCGUCACUUCUGUCACUACCGGGAUUGGAGCAUCCAAUUGUACUAUAAUUUCGUGCUCUUUAGAUUGCACGUGUAAGUUCUGGAGCCUAAUGCAUGGGACCCACCUGCGUACCGUAGCAUUCCCGUGUACAAUUUGGGGUGUGGAAAUGGACCCCACGGAAUCUGAGUUCUACGUUGCAGGAUCGGAUGGUUCGGUGUACAACGGAGUGAUGAAGGGCGUAGGGAGACAUGUGGUGAAACAAGGGCAUAAAUUAGUCACGUGGACAAGGAAACACAAGGGAGCAGUGAUUGCGUUGGCAAUGAUGAACGGAGGGCAGAAUUUGGUUACUGCUUCAGACGAUGGGAGCAUUUGGAUUUGGGAUGUUUUUAGAAAAGAGGUGGUUACGGUUCUCAGCGAGGAAAUGGGAAGCAUUAGUGAACUUGUUGUGGUCAAAGGGUUUGGUGAUUGUGGGAGCCACGGACUUGGAGCAAGUGAAGGUAAUGAUGAAUUUAGCAGAUGGAGGUCGGGGUUCACCAGUAGAGAGCUGAGUAGGCCGAUGAGGGAGGUGACGGGGAUGGAACAGAUGUUGGGUGUUUUGGCACGGGAUAGGAGCAAAGCGAUUGAUACACUUGGAUCAGCAAUCCAGGCUUAUGAGAAACUCUUGGGACUUGUUCUCAAGGAAGCCAAAGUAGGAAGUAACUGUGAUACAAGUAAGGAAGAAGAAGAUGAUAAAUGAACACUCUUUGUAGCAUUUGUUUGACAGAGAAAUGUAUGAUUAGAGAGUAAAGAUUUGAAGACUUUUGGGAAGUAAAAUUUUUUGGAAUUAUAUCAAUAUUAGAAUAUUAAUUAGAAUUUAAUUAUUGUAUUGUUUUGUUUUUGGUGACUUUGAAUUAUGGUUUUCUUGAAUGCCUCUAAAUAGGCCAUUAUGUAUUAAGGUUAUUCAGACUAUGAUAUU